GCUUGUGUCUGCGGCUCCGGCCGCUCAAGAGCCGGCUUUUCCUUGUCCCGGUCCAGUCCCUGAGGCUCCCUCCGAGACAGGCGCGAACACUCUGGAGAAACGCGAGUCCUAGGACCGUGACCGUGGAUUUGGGCGGCAGGCUUGAGGUAAUGAAGGCCUGGAUUCCCAGUGAAGCUGCAGGAGUGAAAGGGGAUGGAUGGCUACCACAGAUAUUUCAAAAGAAGAAAUGAAAACUAGAAAUAUCCUCUGGAAGACUGGCAAGAUUUGCAGAUGGCUGUGCUGUAGUACAGGUGAAACAGCUGUGAUGGUUACAGCAGUCAGUAAAACAAAGCCUUCACCUUCCCAGUUCAUGCCAUUAGUGGUUGACUAUAAGCAAAAAGCUGCUGCAGCAGGUAGAAUUCCCACAAACCAUCUUAGAAGAGAGUUUGGCUCUUCUGAUAAAGAAAUUCUCACAAGUCGAAUUAUAGAUCGUUCAAUCAGGCCUCUCUUUCCAUCAGGCUACUUCUAUGAUACACAGGUCCUUUGUAAUCUUUUAGCAGUUGAUAGUGUUAAUGAACCUGAUGUCUUAGCAAUUAAUGGAGCUUCUGCAGCCCUCUCAUUAUCAGAUAUUCCUUGGAAUGGUCCCAUUGGUGCAGUAAGGAUAGGAAUAAUUGAUGGAGAAUAUAUUGUUAACCCUACUCGAAAAGAAAUGUCCUAUAGUACUUUAAAUUUAGUGGUCGCUGGAGCACCUAACAGUCAGAUUGUGAUGUUGGAAGCUGCUGCAGAAAAUGUAUUACAACAGGACUUUUGUCAUGCCAUCAAAGUUGGGAUGAAGCACAACCAACAGAUAAUCCAGGGAAUACAAAAAUUGAUGAAAGAGUCUGGUAGAGUUAAAAGGACCCCUCAAAAGCUAUUUUCUGCACCUCCAGAGAUGGUGAAAUUUGUCAAUAAGCAUGCCAUGGAAAGAAUCUACGCUGUUUUUACAGAUUAUAAUCAUGACAAAGUUUCCAGAGAUGAUGCUAUAAACAAGAUAAGAUUAGAUAUUGAGGAACUCAUAAAAGAAAAAUUUCCAGAGGCUGAUCCAUAUGAAAUAAUAGAGUCCUUCAAUGUAGUUUCAAAGGAUGUUUUUAGAAGCAUUGUCUUGAAUGAAUAUAGAAGAUGUGAUGGAAGAGAUUUGACAUCACUUAGGGAUAUUAGUUGUGAAGUGGACAUGUUCAGAACUCUUCAUGGAUCAGCACUGUUUCAGAGGGGCCAAACACAGGUACUUUGUACUGUUACAUUUGAUUCUUUAGAAUCCAGUCUGAAAUCUGAUCCUAUUACAACUGCUAUUAGUGGAAUAAAAGAGAAAAAUUUCAUGCUUCAUUAUGAGUUUCCUCCUUAUGCAACCAAUGAAACUGGCAAAGUUACUGGUGUGAAUAGAAGAGAACUUGGGCAUGGUGCACUUGCUGAAAAAUCUUUGUAUCCAGUUAUUCCCAAAGAUUUUCCUUUUACUAUAAGAGUUACAUCUGAAGUUCUUGAGUCAAAUGGUUCCUCUUCUAUGGCAUCUGCAUGUGGUGGAAGUUUAGCAUUAAUGGAUGCAGGAGUUCCAAUUUCAUCUGCUGUUGCAGGUGUGGCAAUAGGACUAAUUGCCAAAAAUAGUUCUAAUAAAGAAGGUGAAAUUGAAGAUUAUCGUUUGUUGACGGAUAUCCUGGGAAUUGAAGAUUACAAUGGUGACAUGGAUUUCAAAAUGGCUGGAACAAAUAAGGGAAUAACUGCAUUACAGGCUGACAUCAAAUUACCAGGAAUACCAAUAAAAAUUGUAAUGGAGGCUAUUCAACAAGCUACAGCGGCAAAAAGAGAAAUAUUACAGAUUAUGAACAAGACAAUUUCAAAACCUCGAGAAAGUAGAAAGGAAAAUGGACCCGUUGUAGAAACAGUUCAGGUGCCAUUAACAAAAAGAGCAAAAUUUGUUGGACCAGGUGGAUAUAACUUAAAAAGACUUCAAGCUCAAACAGGAGUAACUGUUAAUCAGGUGGACGAAGAGACAUUUUCAGUAUUUGCACCCACACCUAGUGCUAUGAAUGAAGCAAGAGAAUUCAUUACUGAAAUCUGCAAAGAUGAUCAAGAGCAUCAGUUAGAAUUUGGAGCAGUUUAUACUGCCACAAUAACUGAAAUUAGAGACACAGGAGUAAUGAUAAAAUUAUAUCCAAAUAUGACUGCAGUACUUCUUCAUAACAGCCAACUUGAUCAAAGAAAGGUUAAACAUCCAAGUGCCUUAGGAUUAGAAGUUGGUCAAGAAAUUCAGGUGAAAUACUUUGGACGUGACCCUGCUGAUGGAAGAAUGAGGCUUUCUCGGAAAGUGCUUCAAGCCCCAGCUACGAAUGUUAUCAAAACUCUAAGUGACAGAAGCAGUAUUACAAUGGGAGACACUAUUUCACAGUCCUCCAGUUCUUCUUCCCAGUGACUAAUAUGAAAAAUAUUGGAGAUGUUAUUUAUACAAUGAUCAAGAUUUCAAAAAUUCCAGAAUGUCAUCUUUUGUUCGGAUUUACAAAUAAUAUAAACAUAGGCCUAUUAAUUUGUAUUAAAAUUAGUUUGACUUAUCUAGUUAAUGUUUAAUUUUAGCAAGAUAUCAUUUUUUUUGUUUACAAUUAUCUUCAAAAAUAGAAAAGUAGCAUUUUUAUAUUUUAGAAUAUACUUAUAAUCCCCAUAGAGAAGUAGUAUGGAACAGUAGAAAAAACUGGCUUUGGAGUCACAGAACCUCAGUUCAAAUCCCUCUGCUGAAACAUUAUUCCUAUUACAUUGGACAAGUGAAUACACCUUCCUGGGUUUGAGUUCCCUUAUCUCUAAAAUAAAGGGGGGCAUAGAACUGGAUGGGUCCAACUCAAGAUCUGUGAUCCUUGAAAUACUUUUACACAAGAGAGUAGAAAUAAGAAAAUUAUAGAAAUAGAAAUUUACAUUUACAAUCCUAAUAGGUCUCUUAAGACAGACAAAUCUCAUUCUUUCUUUUAUAUAAUUAAUAUCACUUUUCCCUGUUUUUUCUUUUUUUUUUCUUAAAAUCAUUUUCUUCCAUCUUAGAAUCAAUACUAAGCAUUGGUUCCAAGACAAAAGAAGGCAAGAAGCUAGAAGAAGCUUAGGCAAAUGAGGUCAAAUGAUUUGCUCAGGGUUACACAGCUAGGAAGUAUCUGAGGCCAGAUUUAAACCCAGGAUCUCCCUUCUGCAGGUCUGGUCCUCUAUCCACUGAACCACCUAGUUGCCCCUGCUUUUUCUUUAUAGAUUACUAUGUAGCCAAAUCUGUGUCUGCCUUCUUAGAUCAAAAGCUGCUUCCAAAUGAAUCUGUAAAAAUUGAAGCCAAAUUUUAUAAGAAAAAAAUAAUCAACAAUCCCCUUCUUAGUUGUUUUGUUUUGGUUUUUUAAUAGUAGUAAAGACUAGCAGUCUCUAAUUAAUUGACUUGUUAGAUCCCUUAAAUAAUGAGUUCAUAAUCUUUUAUUGUAUCACAAACUCCUUUGAUAUCUGCCAUAUUAUUGAUUCAGAAUAAGAUUUUCAAAUACAUAAAAUACAUAGAAUUACAAAGGGAAUCAAUUACACUUAAAUACUUAUUAAAAUAUUUUUAUAAAGAAGCUCACAGAUCCCAGAACUGAUGCCCUAGAUGUAAGCUUCUAGAAAUGAAGUUGAUUUUUAAUGCAUUUUACACAUAUAUUUCAACAUAUAUAUGUGUGUGUGUAUAUAUAUAUAUAUAUAUAUAUCUUAGAAGAGCACUCUCACAGCUUAUAUCAAUGUACAUCCAAAGUUGUAUAUAAAUUUUUAUCCAGAAAAUAUAUCUUUCUAUAUCGAGUAAGAUUUGGGUUGUUCUUUAGUCUGCAGUGAAAAGAAAAAUUAAUUGAAUUCCAGCUCUUGUACUUGUGUUUGUGACCUGCCUCUUUGGCUUCACUUUCCUCAUCUGUAAAAAAGAGGGUUGGAUACUGAUCUCUGAAGUCCCAUCCCUCCCAAUAUUUUAUCAUUCCACAUAUUGCCCUACAUAUAAGAUAAUAGAAAAAUUUUAAAGUUGUCAAUAGACUUGACCAGAGCACCCAAAGAUGAUGUAAUGUUUCAAAUACAUCAUAAUUUUACAAGCCUUUUUCUAGCUUAUUUCAAGAAAUUUACAAACAAAUAUGUAAAACUGUCUACUAGAAGAAAAACAUUAAAAUAGCCACUUUAAGAUGGGGGAUAUAGAUCAUAUACAGGAAUUAGAAUCUAGGAAAAAUAAAAGUUUUACAAAAGUAUGACCUACAAUUAAAAAGCUAAGACUCCAUACUACAUAGUAACAUUGGAUAUUAAGGUUUUUUUAGCCAAACUAAGAUUUUUUUUUAACAUCUGUAUUAACAUCUAAAAUUGCAACAAGGGUAGUAGUUUACCCAGACUUUGGUAAAGUUUUUUAUGUUUGCUCAUACUAUUCUUAUCAAAAGAUAAAGAUGAAGAGAUUAUAUAAUAAUACAAUCAGACUCAGAGUAGUUGCUAAUGGUCCUGUGUCAACAUGAUAGGAGAUAUCUAGUUGAGUACUUCAGUGAUCUGUACUUGCCUCACUACUCAUUAACAUUUUUUCAAUGACUUGGAUGAAGAUAUAUAGAUAAUAUGUUCAUCAAAUUUGUAGAAGUCACAAAGCAUGAAAUUCAAUGAGGAUAAUUGCAAAAGUUUUGCAUUUAGGUACAAAAUGUCAACCCCAUAACUAUAAGAUGGGGGAGAGAUAGCAUCUAAAAAGGAUGUGAGGUUUUUAGUACACUGCAUUCUCAAUAUGAGUCAUCAAUGUGAUGUAGCAGCCAAAAAUCUAAUGUCAUUUUGGGCUGCUUUUGGAGGAGUGGGUAUACUCUCCAGUAAUAAAAAAAGUAAUUAAUCCCACUUUACCUUUAUCAGACCUCAUCAAUGACAUUGUGUUUAGCUCAUAAUUCAAGAAGAACAUUUAUAUAAGUUGGAAAGUACCCUAAGAAGAACAAUUAGAAAGAACCUUUACAAAAAUUCUUGAUAAAAAAUUAGUUGAAGGAACUGGGCGUGGUUAACCUGGAAAAAAAAAGACUCAUAGGGUAUAUGAUAGUUCAUUUGGCAUGUGAGGAAGGAUUAGACUUGUUUUGUUUGUCCUUAAAAGGAUUUACAAGCAGCAAUGGAUGGAAGUUAGCAAAGAAACAAAUUUGGACUUGUCAGGAAAAACUUCCUAAAAAUUUGAACUAUCCAAAAAUGGAAAAGAUUGCUUCCAUAGUUGAUAGAUUCUCCCUCCUUGAAAGUCUUUAGGAAGAGGCUAGAUGGUAUGAUAUAAUGAGUUUUUCUUUAGGGAUCAGUUGAACCAGAUGGCUAAGCUUCAGACUCUUAAAUACUAUAUAAUAUUUUUAUGUUUCUCCUUGAAAGUAAAGAGGGUUUACUAAAAAUGAAACUUUCUAUGGUCUAUGAUAGAAUAUGGUUCAUUCUACAUGAGCAAAUUCCCAUCUUUCUUGACCUAUUCUUUAAUGAUAUAUAUAUAUAUAUAUAUAUAUUUUAAUACAAGAAUCCUUAUAUUUCCUAAUUCUAGAACUGAGAAUAUUUUAGAUAAGUUUUCUAUCUUUCCUUUUGUCACAGGGAACUAUAACAGCUGAAAUGAAAAACAAAGGCUGUAUCUAGUAGUCAAAGCAUUCAUUGGAAAUUAGAAGUAGCAAGAAAGGGAAAUUAAUUCAGUGUUAAGGAUAAAUAGACUUAACUUUUUCUUCCAAGCUCUUAGAAGAAUCCUAUUUCUUUUAGAGGUUCAUUGCUAGCCUCUACUCAUGAAAGUUUCUGCCUUGUUCUUAUUUUUAUUCAAUUAUUAUUUUUCUUACCUUACUAAAGAAGCCAGAAAUUUUACGUCUUUGCAUUUAUGAGCUUGUUUGCUUGUGUGAAGAUUAAAUUUGACUCUUCCCCUGACUGUGAAAAUGAAAAUACUUAACUCUUCCCUAAUUAUAAUAAUGAAAAUACUUCUCUCCCCUGAUUGUGAAGAUUAAAUUGUAACCCUUGCUUAUUUUUAGAUUUAAUCCUCAUAAGAGUAAACACUGUACUUAAAGUUGAAUAUGAAGAUCUGCCCAUUUUAGAUCUAAUCACCAAAGAUGUAAACACCCCAUUUCACACAUUAAGUGGGAGGUCACAUGUGCAAUAGUGGGUGACGAAUCAAAAAUCAACUGACUACCCCUGGGCAGUCCUAAAACAAAGCAUCAACUGUAAUUGGUAUACAUAAAAUUAGAAGACACAGGAAGUGACACAAAAGAAAUGUCUUUAAAAGGAGCUAUUACUUCCUGUGAGAGACAAUUCUUCAUUCCUUGGAGUGCUGACAGGACCUGAUACCCUGUUCCUGACCGGACUGACACGUGAUGUGUGAAAAAGCUGUCUCAACUGCUGGAUUGUCUGGAGAAACUAUCCUCAGAGAAACCUAUACUCUUGAGAGAGGCUCCCUGUAUCCCAAGGGCCGAAGCCACUCCGGCUAAGAACUAACUCUCCCUGCCCAGGGACCAGGAGUAAAUUACUUAGUGUUUAGGCUAGAUAUCUUACUUUAUCCUCUCUCUGAUUUCUUGCUUCACUUUCUACAUUUUGUAAAUAAAUUGUAAAUAAAAUCUUUUUGGAA